AUGCCUCAUGGGCCCUGGAUCCUCCUGCUCCACGGAGCGCGCGUACGGACGCAGCUUGUCCUUUGCCGCCGCGACGUGUCCAAGAACGGGGACCGCGACGCGAAAUCGAAGAGGGCACCCGAACACACACGGCCCACAGACACAUGGAGCACCGGCAUGGCCGCACUCGCCAAACGUAUUAUUCGAGCCCGACGGCUCAGGGGCGAAACCCACCGCUCCACUCUAACAGGCGACUGGGGCCCACGCGCACGGACUCCGCCCCGCUCGUGGGGAAGAGGCCGCAUUGGUCCGCCUCCGCACCGGGGUUUCAGACAAAUACGGAUGACUGCUAUGACUGCUGCGACUCGCCGCUCCGGGCCGAUGCCGUCGGUGCGGCCCGGACGCCCCACAACAGGCACGCAAAAAGCCUCGCACGGAAAUGCCUCCUCCUCCCGCUGGAAGCGCCACUCGUCACCGCAGCGAGGACUAGAGCGAGACACGGCGCACCGAUCGCGCUUCCGCCACAGACCGCGCGGCCCAGGCCGACGCCGUCUCCCCGCAGUUCCCGUACGGCGUCGGGCAAACGAGAAGCCGGACUCAGGCUUUGUCUUCGACACCUCCACGAUCACAACCGCUCCGACAAGUAGGGAGCGUCCCUGGGGAAGAGGACGAUCCGGCUGCGCCCACCGCGCUCCAACGCACGCCCUGUGGGUUCGAGGCCCCGACGAAAGCGAGGCUAGCAUCCAACACGCGCGCGCAAACGAACGCCCCCACACAGCGCCGCAGCCGGCACCCGAGACCAAGGCGCCCCUUCAAAGCCCCUUCUGCGACAAACGGGCGGGUAAUGCCGGGGGAUUGGCUCCUCACUUCCGGUUCGGGCGACCCGGACCGUAA